AUGGAUGAACAUUCUCUAAGCGAGUUUUAUUAUCCUGAAGAUCUGGAAACUUUUGAUGUAGAAACUGAAACAGGCAUCUCCGAAAGCCCGGAGGCCAUAGACGAUUUUACCAACCAACAGAAAAGUGCAAACACAAACAAGAAGACGACUACUGAUAUGAACACUCUUCUCGGCUACAUGGAAGCUAAUGGUAUGAAAAAUGAGAAAAUUGAAAUCUUACCUGCGUCCGAGCUUGACCAAUCUUGUCGAAAUUUUUUUUGAACGCACACAGUUUCCAGUUUUCAGCACAGUAUACAGCGAUACUUAAGUGAGAAGAAAUAUGCAUUUAACAUACUCAAGGAUAAUGAGUUCGAAAAAUCCAGAAAAGUCCUUGCAGCGAAGCGAAAGUCACUUGUUCACGAGCACGGCAAAGGAAACAAACCGCAAGCUGCUCAGGCUAUCGACGAAGACGAAAAGGAUGCCCUUUUUGAAACAGGAGAAUUCGGCGACUUCAGUACAGUUGCGCUUCAAAGAACUGUGUGGUGGUUUUUAUCCCUACACUUCGGUUUCUGA